UAACUUUAAAUAGCUGUAAUUUGCAAAUUUUCCGAAAUAUUACAGUACUUUGUAUAGAUAAAGUUUUAAUUAAAAUGCAUCACCCACAUAUCCUCUUUAUUUUAAUUCUUCAUCUCUAUAUAUUUCAAAAAUUGUCUAAAAAUCCGUAAUAUAAAAAAAAGGAUGCAUUUAAAAAUCACGGAGAACAGAAUUUUUUUUAAGGUAAAAAAAAAAAAACAAACAAAAAACAUUCGGAGAAGAGAAACCUACCAACUAACAGUCUACCAAGUGUACUGUUAGUCUGUUAGUCAUAAAUAUGAUAACAAGAGUACAAGACUAGUAGACUACACAUACUGUUGUACAAAGCAACUAAUUAGGCGUAAACUAAGGCUACUGAUUAGGCAACAAUAUAUACUACGGAGUUCCAAACAUAAUAACAGAAAAUAUAUACUUCGUACUAUAUCAUUGUUAAGCCACAAACAAUACGAAAACAACACUAGCUAGAAGUUUCAAGUGACCAAGUUUCAUCCAAAUGUCUUGUAUUGAUGCUAACAAUGUAGCUCAGGGAAACACUACAAUGCACCGCCUUAUCGCGGAGGAAGGAUUGGUGUUGAUGCCGGGUAUUCAAGACGCUUUCUCGGCUGCUAUCGCUUCCAAAACUGGCUUGAAGGCUUGUAUUGUCUCUGGUUACGGUGUUUCCGCUACACUACUUGGCUUGCCUGACUUUGGCUUGCUCACGACCACGGAAGUUACACAAGUUACUCGUAGAAUAACAGCUGCUGCCCCGGACUUGUGUGUCAUUGUUGAUGGAGAUACUGGUGGUGGUGAUCCUCUCAAUGUACAAAUGUUCAUUAAAGAGUUGAUCGAAGCUGGUGCUAAGGGUAUUUUUCUAGAGGAUCAAGUAUGGCCAAAGAAGUGUGGCCAUAUGCGUGGCAAGAUGGUUGUGCCUGCAGAAGAGCAUGCAGUCAAAAUAGCAGCAGCAAGAGAAGCUGUUGGAGAUGCUGAUUUUUUCCUGGUAGCUAGGACUGAUGCACGGGCAUCCCACGGUCUUCAAGAAGCUAUUAGACGCGCAAACCUUUACACUGAGGCAGGAGCUGAUGCUACCUUUGUUGAGGCACCAGCAAACGAUGAGGAGCUCAAAGAGAUUGUUAGGGGUGUAAAAGGAUUGAGGAUUGCUAACAUGAUCGAAGGAGGAAAAACUCCUUUACAUACUCCGGAAGAAUUCAAGGAGAUAGGUUUUCACUUGAUUGCUCAUCCACUCUCAACACUCUAUGCUACAACCAAAGCUUUGGUUGAAAUCAUGAAGGUUCUAAAGGACAAGGGUACUACUAGGGAUGAUUUGGACAAAAUGGUUUCAUUCUCCGAAUUUAAUGACAUGAUUGGCUUGGAAUCUUGGUAUGAGAUGGAAUCAAAGUUCAAGAAAUUCAUCCCUAAAGAGUGAUUAUGUUUAUUGGGUGUGCCAAAUAAUGGGGUUGAACUAUAUGAGCUUAAAGUCAUAUUAUAUUAUACCAUAUGAUGUGGUCUAAUACCACUUGUUUACUAUUGUAUGAGUUAUGAAUUUGAGGAUAAAUAAGGUAAUCUAGUGCUACUUGAUCAGUUAGCUAUUAAAAUAAUUUUGAUUGAAGAUUGAGUAAUCAACAGAACCUAGUAUCGAUCAAUGUAGUUUUCAUUUUUUUGCUUUUGAACUAUAUG